AUGGACGGGAAGAAGGGCCCCACCUUUGACAUCCUCCCUCCCCCACUGGAGAAAAUAAAAAAAACGGACAAAAAAAGAAGCCAGGAUGUAGCGAAGGAAAUGCCCCGUAAUGAAUUAUCACCAGGGCCACCCCAACGGAGUACGCAACCCCUCAAGACGGUCACCAAGCAGAAAAAUCCCACCUCACAUGAAGAGGCCAAUCAAAAGAAGGAACAAACAAUGAAGGCCAAUAAUUACAUAUCCCAAAAGUACAGCAACGUCAUUUUAAACAGCGACGAAAUCAGCGCAAUAAUCAGCAGCAACUCACAUUUUAAGACGCUCGUCGAAAGUGAAAAAGUGUCCACCUUUAUGGGAGAUUAUUUGAAAAACCCAUUAGUGGCCAUAAAAAAACACGAGAAGGAUGAAACGAUUGCAAGAUUCCUCGACUGCCUCUUCGGGUAUAUGAAUGAGAAAAGUCGUAACAUUCAUUUGGCGAACCUGUCCGAAAGUUUUACCAUCCCCAGGAGGUGA